AUGUCUAAGGACUCCGCCACCCCUUGCAAGGUCAUUUUGGCCGCCAACAUUGCGAAAGGCGUCCUCAGCGAGGUCCAAACAGGCCUGAGCAAACUGGGUCGCAAACCGCAUUUACUCGGGAUACUGGCCAAUGCCGAUCCGGCUUCGAAGGUAUAUGCUGACUGGACGGAGAGGACAUGUAAGGAAAAUGGUUUUGAUUACACCUUGAAAGUGGCCGAGAAAGACGACGCGGAGGAGACCAUCAUAGCCGGCAACAACGAUGCUUCGGUUGACGGCAUCAUGGUGUACUAUCCCAUCUUCCACAAUCGUCAAGAUCAGUACUUGCAGCAGAUUGUGGAUGUCUCCAAGGAUGUUGAGGGUUUGAGUCAUCAGUACAUCUUCAACAUGUACCAGAACAUUCGUUUCUUGGACGAUGAACAAGUCAUGAAAUCUAUUCUCCCUUGCACACCACUCGCGGUCAUCAAGAUCCUCGAGUAUCUGCACAUAUACAACCCCAUUUUGCCGUACGGAAAUCGGCUAUUUGGUCGCACCAUCUGCGUGGUCAACCGGUCUGAGGUUGUUGGCCGGCCACUGGCGGCACUCUUGGCCAACGACGGCGCCUCCGUGUACAGCGUCGAUGUCACUGGCGUUCAACAGUUUACGCGAGGUGAAGGCAUCCGUAAACGCAAACACGAGGUGCACGAGAAAGAAGGCUGGACGGUGGAGAAUUGUGCUCCUUUGUGUGAUGUUGUCAUUUCAGGCGUACCAGGCGACACGUACAAAUUCCCCGUCCACCUACUGAAGGAAGGAGCCGUGUGCAUCAAUUUCUCAAGUGAAAAGAAUUUCCCCCUUGAAGUCAAGGAGAGAGCAUCAAUAUACGUGCCGGCAAUCGGCAAAGUGACGAUUGUUGUUCUCCUUCGCAAUCUCCUGCGAAUUGUGCAGAACAAGGAGGCUCAGAAGGCGAAGCCUCACGAUUCAGCAGUCGAGGCCACGCAAACAGAUGGAAAUUCGACCACUUCCUGA